ACAACACCUUUGUCGUCAAAGCCCACUAUUUACUUACCUACCUACCGCCUGACUGCCCCAUUUACAAUACACCAGAAAAGCGUCUUUAGUCUAUUAGAGGCUAGCGACGUUUCUACAAUGGCCUCUUCCGAGAGUCUCGCGGAUGCCAUUAACCAGUUGUCUCUGGCUGACUUCGACAAGCCUGAUGGAUGGAUCGAGGGUAUACUAAACCAACAACUGCCCCGUAAACGGGUUAAGCCUGAUAAAUAUCAGCUCCAAGAGCAGCUUCAACAGGAAUUUCUUACACCCUCUCCAGUGUUUUCUACCGAAUGGCUAAAUAAGCUUCAGAAGUAUGUGUUCUUGUCUCGGAUUUGUGCUAAAUCUUACUCUAAUUGUUUACAGACGAUGGGAUGACCCACCGGACUACGUUUCCCUCAUGGGCCUCGCCCCUUCAAUGUCUCGUAACGUUAUCCGUUUCACUCGCGAGGGCCUCGAGGGUCGUGUCACUGGUUACCGAGAGGUUACGGUUCCUGCUCACUCAAUUACUGCGAAGAACUCUACUUCACUAUUAAGAAAACCCGCUUCAAAGGCAGAUUUCGUACGAGGCAAAGCAGGUUUUUUUCCGUUUAGUCCUGGCGGAGUUGAUAUCGGAGCUGCAAAUGAGAGGCCCGAGGAGUUGGAGCUUCAGGAGGCCCUGAUGGAGGAGAAAAUUGGCAAAGACGGACUAUUGAGGGUUGCGCCGGGCAUGACGCGGGGGCUGAUGUUUGGUGAAACUCCGGACGACAAUGCGGUUGAAAAAGAGGUUGACGAUGAUGGUUUCAAGUUCGGGGAUGUGGAGCCUAAGAGGAGACGAAGGGGAGAGACCAGUGGUGAUCAUGAUGAGAAGGCCGAUAGCCCUCUUGCAGAGCUAGACGCCAUUGAUGAUUUACUACCUGUUGAGGUGAGAUGGUAUGCUGUUUUUUUUAAUAUUAAAGUACUAAUGGAUUGCAGUUUCCUAUGUUGAUACCAAAAGGAAAUCUGCCUUCGCUAUUGAAGCCAAAAACAAAGGAAUGGGCUCAUAUGGUUGAUGUCAACCAAGAAAUCACCAAUUUCCAUGAAUUGGUCCCGAAUAUGGCCAAGGAAGUAGGUAACUCGGACAAUAACUUGAAUCACCCUAUGUUAAUUAUUUAUACAGUGGCCAUUCGAAUUGGAUACUUUUCAGAAAGAGGCUGUUUAUCAUUUGGAAAAUGGUGAUUCAGUUUUUGUGGCUGCGCACACCUCCGCCGGGAAGACUGUGGUCGCUGAGUAUGCAAUUGCACUUGCUACAAAGCAUAUGACCAAGUAUGUUGGUAUUCACUAAUUACAAGAAAUUGGGCGCUUAUAAAAGUCCAGGGCAAUCUACACAUCGCCGAUCAAAGCUUUGAGCAACCAAAAGUUUCGAGACUUUCGUCAUGUUUUCGAAGACGUGGGAAUUUUGACUGGAGAUGUGCAGAUAAAUCCUGAAGCCAGCUGUCUAAUCAUGACAACAGAAAUUUUGAGGAGUAUGCUUUACAGAGGAGCCGAUCUGAUUCGUGAUGUUGAAUUUGUUAUUUUUGACGAGGUUCAUUAUGUCAAUGAUCAAGAGGUGAGUAAGAGCACUGGUUUACCUAUAUUUCGAUGUUUUGACAAAGCAAUGAUAGAGAGGCGUGGUAUGGGAAGAGGUUAUUAUCAUGCUUCCCGAACAUGUCAAUCUCAUUCUUUUAUCGGCAACCGUACCCAAUCCUUACGAAUUUGCCAGUUGGGUGGGACGCACGAAGAAAAAGGAUAUUUAUGUAAUCUCAACACCUAAGAGACCAGUGCCACUAGAGCAUUUUAUAUGGGCGAAUAAGGCUAUGUAUAAGAUUGUUAAUUCAGAAAAAAAGUUUCUCGAGGAAGGGUUGAAAGAUGCAAACAACGCACUCAGAAAGAAGGAACCUGACAGGCCGCAACAUAGUGGAAGUCAACGCGGUGGUGGCCAGAACCAACGUGGGGGUCGUGGUGGAACCCAGAGAGGAGGCGGCCGCGGUGGUGGCCAACGAGGUGGACAGAGCACUGCGGGCUUCUCAAGGAGCGGGAGAGGUGGUAUGAGGACAACCACUGCGCAAGACAAGAAUAUUUGGGUUCACCUUGUGCAUCAUCUGAAAAAAGAGACCUUGCUUCCCGCGGUUAUAUUCGUUUUCUCUAAAAAGAGGUGUGAGGAGAAUGCCGAUGCCUUGAGUACCGUUGAUUUCUCCAACCAAACCGAGAAGAGUGCUAUCCAUAUGAUAAUCGAGAAGAGUAUCGCAAGGCUAAAGCCCGAAGACAGGUUGUUGCCGCAGAUACUGAGAAUGCGGGAGCUCCUGGCAAGGGGAUUGGCUGUGCAUCACGGUGGACUCUUGCCAAUUGUCAAGGAGAUUGUUGAGAUCCUAUUUGCGAAGACAUUGGUCAAAGUUCUGUUUGCAACGGAGACAUUCGCAAUGGGUCUUAAUCUACCUACCCGCACUGUGGUGUUCUCUGGGUAUCGAAAGCAUGACGGAAAAUCAUUCCGUGAUCUUCAGCCAGGCGAGUAUAUCCAAAUGGCAGGUCGCGCUGGGCGCAGGGGUCUUGACGAGCGGGGCAUUGUAAUCCUUAUUUCACCGAUGGAUGAGGCGCCUCCGGUAAGCCUUUAUUGUGAAGUUUGUUAUAGAGCCGGAGCUAAUGGAUAUAGGCCGCUACUUUAAAGCAAAUGCUUCUUGGAAAACCUACAAAGCUUCAAAGCCAGUUUCGCUUGACAUACAAUAUGAUACUAAACCUUUUCCGCGUGGAAGCUCUAAAAAUCGAAGAGAUGAUCAAACGGAGUUUUAGUGAAAACACAUCUCAGACCCUUCUACCAAAACAUCAACAAAAGGUACAAGAAUCACAAGAGAAGCUGAAGAAGUUUCAGAGCGAGGACUGCAAAAUAUGCGAUCUGGAUCUUGACGCCUUUGUCCUGGCAGCGGAGGAAUUGAAGAAAGUCUCAAAAGAAGUAAUUAUUAGUGGUUCUAGGACCACUGCAGGGAAGAGAUAUUUCACAAAAGGGCGUUUGGUUGCCAUUAGUACAAAGGUUUGUUCUCGCGGCUACUACAUGUAGCGAUUGUCUCGCGUGCUCAUUGUAUCCCUCUAGGAUGGCCAUAGGGCUAUUGGAUUCUUGGCAACCGAAGGUGCCUCAGGUGGUGCACAGGCCGUUGUGCAGGUUUUGGCACUUACGUCUAAGGAUGCCGUAAAGACUCCAGGUAGGUAUGUUCGGCCAUAGAUAACGGCUUCCAUUAUUAACGUGCUCCUAUUCAGUCGAUGAUUUACCCUUCACUAUUGCUUGCUCAAUAAGUUCCCCGGUGCCGCCAUACGAAGGACGGAAGCUCCGAGUGGAAACUAUCCAUAUAUCCAACAUAGAGUAUCUAGGAUCAAUGAUCACCAGGCUCGACAUCUCGAGAGCACACCAGGGCUUUCGUGAGGAUGUUCGAGCUGUUGAGGAAGAGCUGAAAGCUUUAUAUGGGAAAUGGCCUAACCCUGAACGGACUAACUCUGAAUGGACAGAGGUUGACUGGUCAAGGGCUAAGGAUCUUACGACAUUAGAAUUCCUUGAGUACCGCAGAAAAAAAGAGAGGGAAAUAUAUCAGUACGGAUGCCUCGAAUGCGAUAACUUUGCGGCACACGUAAGUCAACGAGCUACUUUGCCCCCCUCCAUUCGGGCUCAGGCUAACUCAUAACCUUAGUUUCAUUCAAGCUACAAAAAGUACUUGCUGGAGCUGGAAGUUGCGAACCUAAAACAUCUGAUAUCCGACCAAAACCUACAGCUUUUACCAGACUACGAGCAGCGCGUGUCGGUAUUAAAAGACCUGGACUUUAUCGAUGAAAAUAUGAACGUGCAGCUAAAGGGAAGGGUGGCCUGUGAAGUAAUCUCAAUGCUACUUACCCAUUUUUGAGGAGAGGAUAGCUUACCGGCCCACAGAUCAAUUCAGCCAAUGAACUGGUACUGACAGAAUUGAUUUUGGAAAACGUCCUUGCAGAAUACGAACCCGAGGAGAUUGCGGCCCUUCUUUCAGCAUUCGUGUUCAGUGAAAAAACCGACGUUGCACCAACCGUCACCGCCCGGUUGGAGAAAGGUAAGGCGAAGAUCAUAGAGAUUUCUAGGAGAGUCAAUCGGGUCCAGGUAGCGAAUCAGAUUGCAAUGACUCCGGAGAAUGACGAUUUCGAUAAUAGACCGCGGUUUGGCCUGAUGGAGGUCGUCUAUGAAUGGGCAAAGGGGAUGUCUUUCAGCCAGAUAACGGAUCUAACAGACGUUCUGGAGGGAACAAUUGUGAGAGCCAUCACUAGGCUGGAUGAGACGUGCCGUGAGGUCAAAGGCUCUGCUCGGAUCAUCGGAGAUCCAUCUCUCUUUGCUAAAAUGCAGGAGUGCCAGGAGUUGAUCAAGAGGGAUGUCUGCCACUGUGCCUCUUUGUAUUUGGUCAGUAACUGCUGUCUUCUAUUCUUAGUUCCACCGCCUUCCAGAAACGGU